AUGUCUGACACCGCCAUCCGUCCUCCUCCGAGCGCCGUCGCGCGACCCGUCAGUGAGGCACUUCUCAACGAGAAGUGGGACCGCUGCCUGUCCAACCUCCUCGUCAAGUCGUCUCUUGGACUCGGCUUCGGCGUCGUCUUCUCAGUCCUCCUCUUCAAGCGGAGGGCGUGGCCCGCCUUUGUUGGCGCUGGCUUCGGAGCCGGCCGGGCGUACGAGGAGUGCAACUUCAAUCUGCGACAGGCGGCGAGGGACCUGAAGAAGCAGGCAUAA